UCCUCUGUGCGGGUGAGCUGGUGGAGAUCGGGGGAGUUGGAUGGCAAGGGUGAGGAGCUGUUAGCCUGCAGGGGUGACAGCAGUGGAGAGGGUAUGGGCAAGGACACAAACCAGGUGUUACUAUUGGCUGUUGGUCUGUCUGUGGGUCUCCUGUUGCUGCUGCUGCUGGGUCUGAUGGUGUACUAUCUGUGGAGGAAGAAGAAGGUUCAGAGUCAAUACGAGGAGUUGCUCUCUACGGUGCCUUCAGUACCAGCAUGCUCUGCUCCGGUGCUCCUGGUGUCUCAGGGCUCCUGGGCAACGCCCAGUGAGAUCCCUUUCACAUUGCCUCCUCGCUUCAUGACACAAAACCACACUGACCUGAAAAAUGAGGAGGAGAUGAAGAUGGAGGAGAUAAAGAUGGAGGCCCGGAGGGACAUACUGGCCCAUCGUGGGUCACUCUCAGUAAGCAGAUGGUACCCAGUGGGGACGGUGCUGGCUGGUCUCUACUCUGUUCCUCCUCUGAACGAGGUGGUGGCCCCUCCUCCUGGCAUGGCCACCCGUCUCUGCUUCUCUGUGGAGUAUCGACACAGCUGCGAGCAGCUCAUGGUCUCCUUGCUCCGCCUCGGCAACCUCCCUCCCCGUUUCCACGGCAACGUCACACUGGUGGAGCUCCGGCUUCUCCCUCAUGACCGACGGCCCCGCCAGGCCAAGGCCCGGGGAACGGGGCCCGACCCUGAGUUCAACGACUGCUUUGUUUUCCAGGUGACAGGAGUGUGUGUGCCUCAGAGCACCUUGAGCGUGUGUGUGCUGAGUGUGGAGCAUGACGGCAAGCGCCACGCGGUGGGCAGGGUGCUGUUUCCUCUGGAGGGCGAGCUCGGUCAGGCUGGCAGGGUGCUCUGGAGGGACCUGGAGACAGAGGACGACACACAGGUACGCACAGAGACACACAGGACGUUUGCAUGUGCACAAAGCAUGAACGCUCAUAAUCAUUCUGUCAUCUCUAAUCUCUCUCAGUGUUCAGAGUUGGGUGAUGUGCAGAUAUCUCUCAGCUACAGUCCAACUCUGCAGUGCCUCUCUGUGGUGGUUCUGAAGGCUCGAGGCCUACAGCUGCUCACAGACACAGGUGUGUGUGUACAGGUGAGCUUACAGAUACACACUCAGGUGGCAAAGAUCAAGCGCAGCUGUGUGUUGAAAGGUGACAGCGACCCCUGUUUCAACCACAGGAUGACCUUUAAACUCCGCUCGCAGCACCUGGACGAGGCCUGUCUGAGAUUCGAGCUGCAGCAGCCAAACUACGUCCGCUCAGAGCCUCCAGCCCUGCUGGGAGUGCUGGUGCUGGGACCCUUCAUGUACGCCAGGGGCCUGCAGCUGCAGCACUGGAUGGACAUGGUCAACACACCACAGGAGCCGGUCAAACUGUGGCAUGGACUGGCCAGAGCCACUUAACACCCGAAAUCACACACAUGAUGUAUAUAAACACAAAGUUUUAAAAUAAUAAACCCAUCAUUUGCAAAAUUCAAUCCAAGUCCAAUAAAGGAACUGAAUCAAGAAUUUGGGGAUUUUACAAACAGGAACAGGAACUACAAUUAUAAUCACUUGAAUGACUUUUGAAUUGCUCCCUCAAGAUUUCUGAAUCCUUGUAACACACACGAAACCAAAACCUUGUCUUGUGGAAGCAGAAACAUCAGAUACACAGCUACAGACGACAGUCCUCAGAGGGACCUUUUAGAGUUUUAUAGUUUUUGCAUGUGUUUGAAAAUUUUGCCCUUUUGGUUUAACAUGUUUUGACAUUAUUUCUAACAUCUUUACCACUAAUCUAGAACCAGAUCACCCUCGGCUCAUCUGAAUCAUAGGUGAACCUUUCUAUAGCCCAGAAUCUCUUUCUUUCUUAAUCCCUAAUCACUGCAAAAAAUAAAUAAAUUAUACUCACAUAUGAGAAGAAUACUACUGUUUCAACCAUUAAUGUGGCUGGACAUCUUAAUUAAUACCCUAGAUAAUUUACAUUUUGCACCUUUGUAACAUUUCACAGUAUCAUACAAAUAUGAGUGAACAAUUUACAGGGAAUGCAGGUGGAAUAGGAAUAGGGUGACAUGGUGGGAUUAUCCAGGCCUUUUCUCUGUUUUUCAGUCUUAUUAUUACUGUUUUCACUUACUGGUUGAGUGUCAGUGGAUACCUUUAUAACACAUCCUUUGGGUUUAUAAUUGUUUAAACUGAGCAACAACUAAUUCAAUGUUAUCUGUAUGUGAACUAGGCGUCAAUUAAAAUAUGUUGAAAGCCGCUAAUGCGAAUGCAGGAUGAAUUUAAUAAGAUAGUCGAUUGGGGAGGAAACUGUGAAUGCCGAUGGGAGGAAAAAGAAUAAAAUAUUUGUACGAAUUUGGUUAAAAGAAAACAAAUGCAGACGGUAAAAGCAUGGUUUUAUUUAAUAGCCUCUACAGGGUUAAACCUUUUGGAGCUGGGACAAAGUUAAGUUGAACAACCCUUUUUACAAUGUAUUCUUUAUUUUACUUAAUUUCUUUUAAACUAUAUUUUAUUUUGUUAUGUGUAUGCUCCUAUAUAUCUACAUCUAAACCUGAAUUUCAUUAAAGAAUUCAGAAGAAAUCUGAA